CCUAAUACCUCGGGUUCUUCUUGUAUGGUCGAAUGAUUGUUUUUACUUUCGGUGGAAAAAAUGUCAGUGUCUUAGGGGCAUCAGUUAGAAUAUGGCUUUUUUUGAAGCUACUAUGAUCCAGCUAGCAUUGACUGUAGUCCUAGCGAUAACAUUUUGCUUUGCAAUGCAAGAUUUGGACUAUAUUGAUGGCAUGAAGAUUGUUCGUUUUGGGUCAGAAGUGAAACGGGAAGAGAGAACUCAUCUCUUUCGUUCAGCGAUUCAUGACUUGUUGUCUUCGCCACGUGCUAGGGAAAGACGGGACGCGCCUACACUUGGUUACCCCGAUGCGAAAGACAGCGGAAAAUUAGCUCAUGAGUUUGUGCUUCAUGGAGACAACCAUAGCGUUGCAUUUCUUCACUGGUCAGGCGCUAGAAGUGAGGUUAUUUUUAUCUUUACUGCUGACUACAGGGAAAUAAACAGAACAAAUGUUGGAAGUAUUUAUGCUAAAUCUGCUUACAUAUGGAGGUCAACAAACUAUGGUGAAUCAUUUGAUCGUGAUGAUGUUACAAAAUUUCCUAAGGGGAGCUCUAUCAGUGGUAUUAGAUUCUGCAAAGGGAACAAUAAAAAGGUUCUGGUGUUUGACAAAGCUGCCAGGCAGUUGUAUGUCUCAACAAAUGAAGGCAGCAGCUACGAAUCUGUAAAGCUACUCUUCAGACCAGCUGACAUCCGGUGUCACAGCAUCUAUGACGACAUGUUGCUAGGUUACGAUGACACAACAGAAAAGUUGUAUUACUCAAAAGACAGUGGUACACAUUGGACGUUGCUCAGUGCAUUUGUUGCCAAAUACUAUUGGGUUCUUCCCCACUUGGGCAACAAUCCUAAAAUUGUUUUCAUUGAAGUAAAGAAUAAUGGCCGGUACCAUUCUUCAGUGCUGAAGUUUGCGGAUUUGUCAUCAGACUCACCUGAUGGUGUGCAAGUGUUUGAUAAUAGCCUUGGGUUUUUUGGCUCUCUGUCAUUUGAAAUGCAGGGGAACUAUCUGUUUGUAAAGAAACACUAUCCAUCAAGUGCUCUUUUUGUGUCUUAUAACCUUGGCAAAUUUCAGAAAGCAGUAUUUCCUCUCAAGCUACCAGAGACUGACUAUUAUGUUGUUGAUGCCAGUGAGGGUGAAGUGCUUGUGUCUGUGAAACAUCUCAUGACCUACAACCUUUACGUGUCCGGUACAAAUGGGACCAAGUAUUCCCUCUCCCUGCAACGCCUACUUGCAACCCGUACUAUACAAUGGAAUAAAAUUCAAACACUGGCAGAUAUACACAUGGUCAAGAGCUUGCGUGGAGUGUACUUGGCUAAUAUUCACUUUGGCCACAAGCGCUACUUCCGUACGAUGAUCACCUUCGACAAGGGCGGGACAUGGUACCCCCUUAGGGUCCCCCAGGACUCCCAGAGCUCAUGUGUUUUGCCAAAGUGCUCACUCAACUUACACAUGCAACACAGCCAGCACUACUACCAAAUCCCAGGCAUAGUAUCCUCCAAGACUGCUGUUGGCUUGAUCAUAGCGCAGGGGGAACUGGGCACUAGCUUUACACUAAACCCUAACGUCUUCAUGUCACGUGAUGGAGGGCUAACAUGGAAAAGGGUUCUUUAUGGUUCUUACGAUUUUGUUCUGCUGGACCAUGGUGGCAUCAUUGCUGCUGUUCCCUUACGAAACAACACUAAAACAGUCCAAUAUAGUUGCUCAGAAGGUAACACUUGGGCCUCUCUCGAGCUUGCUCAAGGGCUUCUUGCAUAUGGUCUUGUGACGGAGCCUGGGUCCACCACACUCGUCUCUAAUAUUUUCGGUCAACACCUGAACAAACGGUUUGAGUGGCUUUCUGUUAAGUUAAACUUCUCAUCUGUGUUCAGCCAGCCUUGCACUGAUGCGAAUUACACACAGUGGUCCCCAGUCGAUGAGAGAGUCAGUGGAAACUGUUCGCUUGGUGAGAUGAUAGUCUACACGCGCCGCAAAGCCUCCGAUUGCUGCUUCAAUGGCAGGGACUAUAAUGGGUCCAUCAUUAGAGGGACUUGUAAUUGUACUGAUGAGGACUACAUGUGUGACGUUGGGUUCAAACGAGACAGGGAUGAUAACGAAUGCUAUCCCGAGGAUUUGGCCGUACUCGUACCGGAUCCAUGUCCAGAGACAACAUACUACAUGAAGUCUUCAGGAUAUCGGAAGGUUCCUGGAGACAGGUGCUCCGGAGGACAGCUUGAGCAGGACUUUAAGCCUGUGUGGACCCGCUGCCCCACUCUGGCUCCCGAAGGCCUUCAGAUCAUAAUGGAGAGGACAACUGUAGCCUCCCUCACACCCAUCUCCUUCAAACUCGUCCAAAACAAGGGUUCUAUCUCAAGCACGUGGUACGUUUGGGACUUUGGUGACAGUAACAAGACUACAAACCUGACGGGCCUAGCGCUUGCAAAGAACCUGACCCACGAGUACAAAUACCACGGGGAUUAUAACGUGACAAUCACUGCAGGCAACAUAAUGGGGAGCGCUUAUACCAAGAUCAUCGUACGAGUAAUAGACGUGAUUCGGCGCGCGCAGAUCAUACCGCCCCAUGCAGUUCUCGUCGACAGGCCUGCCGACUUCAACGUCACGCUCUUCUCCAACCACGCCCUAAGCUGGCGCUCUGAACACGGCUUCGUGCACUUCGUGUGGAGGUUUGAGGAAGGGCAAAAGCCUAACUUGACGUGGGAAAGCCAAGUUCAGCAUGUGUUCACUACCAAAGGAAAAUACAAGGUUUCUCUAGAGGCGAUCAACGAAGUCAGCCGCCAAUACGACUCCGUUACCAUCACGGUACACGACAAGCUGAGAACUCUACGGUUGUACUUCAAUGAGGAGCUUGACAAGGAGAACAAGGGAACAGUGGAAUGGCGCGAGUACUUUGCACGGCGUCUUCUGGCCGAGUUAACUAGGAUCCUAAACGUAGCCUCGCAACGGCUUGAGGUAGCAGUUGUCCAAGGCUUACCCACCUAUGUGGAUGUGUCCAUCAUAGAGAGGGACGAAAACACAACCCGUACCAUGGACCAGCUAGCUGAGGAUAUUCGCCAAGCCGUGAGUAGAAAUGUCGUCGAAGUUUCAUUCCCAGACGGCAGUGUCGCAACUGCUAUUUAUGCUGAGGUAUUGAGUUAUGAGGACAAAAAGCAGUCACCGACCCGUCGGCCAGAAACUCAGGAUUACCGCUUAGCCAUUGCCAUAGGCGUGGCUGCGGGCGUGGUGAUGCUGUUCUUGGUUGGGAUCAUCUUUUUCGCGUACAGGAGGUACACUUGGAUGUACCGAAGGUAUCAUCGCCUUUCUAUGAACGGCUCACAGCCGCUAAACGCAGAGACGGAGCCUGCAUUGGACUAUAGUGCUAACGGCGAGGGAGUGCGUUACACGGUCACGUCAGUGGGGCCAGAGCCAGGGGACAGCGACGAUGAGCUCAUACGAGACACGGGAGAAUUGCAAGUCAUGGAAGAACCAGAGGAUGCGAACGACGACGUGCCGCUGACCUCAAUUGCAGGCGCAUCACGUGCGUGACAGAAAGUGACCGCUGACCACAGUUGAUAUAACUGGGCGUAAAGAAUGUCAUUCAAGCUCCUGAAAUAAUCUCACCCCGGCGGUGGUGAAAUCCUUUAACGCUAAUGUCGUCGUAGCUCAUGUGAACAGCUUGUUGCCACCUAAUUUUGCGAAUUAUGUGCACGCCUGCCUAAUCGGCCGCGUAAUUAGUAAUUAGCACUCGCUAGAGCGAAUGGCUAAAGAUGGAUUUUAUACAGAGUAGGGGGGGUCUCAAGGUUCGCGUGAUCUACAUGAAUCUACCUGAAUGUACAGUGACUUGAUGAAUGGGACCUGCUGCUUCAGCACGAGAGUGGCAUGUAGUGGAUAGAGUAUUUAACUUGGAGCAUCGGGUUCAAUACACAAAAACACAGUGAAUGCUUGGACCAUGUUAAUGUCAUGAUAGCACCGAAUCACAUGAAAUAAGCGCACAUUUUUUGCAUAGGUAAGAGUCGAUCGCAGUACAUUUAGAGUUGUGUUGCCGCUGCGGCGAAUCCAGGGAGUCCCGUGCCCCAUCCUCUGGGACCCAGGGCGUCGCGGAGAUCGGGCACACAGGGAGCGCGGCUCGAGUGAUCUCUGCGACGCCCUCGGUCCAAGAGGCUGCCUGCGCCCCACCACACCCUUUCGGAUACAAUUUAGAAGAAAUUCCACAAAUUUCCACCAUGUUUUAAAUAUUGAAUCGCCGCUUCUUUUGGGAUUCGCUGUGCAAUUAGCUGGUUUACUCAAAACCCAUAUGCAUUACAUGGUGAUCGCAUGCAGUCAUCAGCCGAACCUAUAUGCCGACUCGGCAUCGAAUGUACAAAAGCGAUUGAGUCAAUUGGACAUUAGAAGCUGACCCUACUCCGUCGUAUUUCUUUUGUAAAUUAAUUUAAAUAAAGCAGCACAGAGAACAUUGAA